CAACACUCGUCCUUCCGCAACAACAGCCAAACCAUACUCUCUCCAAAGAUAUUCUCUUUACCUCGCCGCCUGUCUUAUUUGACGGUCGUACUUGUCACACAGACGCAAAGUCUCGCUUUUUCAGCAUCAACGUCAAGCCAGGGUUUCAAAAUGGCCCCAACAAUCAAAGUCAUCCCCAACCAAAAGCUUUACGUCUCCGAGCCCGACCCCAGUUGGUUCGGCAAUGGACCCAAUUCCUCCUCUGAUCCAGCAUGGACGAACGAAAACUGGCUAAAAUCUCGAUUUCACUUUUCUUUCGCCGAGUACAGCAAUCGGGCCAAUCAAGAUUUCGGUGUCUUACGCGUCAUGAACGACGACCUGGUGCAACCUCGACGUGGGUUCGGUACGCAUCCCCAUGGGGACAUGGAAAUAGUCACGUAUAUUGUAGAUGGUGAGUUGUCGCACCAAGACUCCAUGGGCACCAAGGAAAGUCUCGGCCGCGGUAGUAUUCAAUUCAUGACUGCCGGUACAGGGGUUCGACACUCGGAAUUCAACGACGGUGAUGAGCCACUCCGGUUCAUUCAAACAUGGAUCAAACCUGCAGCCCGGGGACUAAAGCCCAACUACGGUUCUUACAAGGGAAAUCCUGAAGCCCGAAAGAACCAAAUGCAUCAUUUGGUUUCCAAUGUCAAAGACUCCUCGGUGUCAACUCCAGUCGAGAUUAAUCAGGAUGUCGAUGCUUUUGCCUCUGAAAUUGAAUUGGGUAAGAAAGUCAUCCAUGAGCUUCCCAAGGGACGCCAGGCCUAUCUGUUGUGCAUCGAGGGCAGCGUGAAAGUAAACGGCCACGAGCUGCACAAGUACGAUGCCUGCGAGAU